GCGGAGCGAGGGCCCCUGCGGCGGGGGCGCAGGCGCGGGCGGCCGAGCGCCAUGGGCCCCGGGACCCCCGCGCUCUGACCCGGCCGGGGCCGACGAUGCUGACACCGCGGCGGCGCCGAGGACGCGGCGCGGGGCAGCGCUGAAAGUUGGGCAGCCCACGGGGAGCUGCGCGGGACGGCGCGGAGGCUCGGAGGCCCGGAGACCCGACAGACAGACCCGCAGGCGGCCGGGGCGGGGGCGGGGCCGGCCCGCCGAGUUCGCGGGGAGGGGGCGCCCGGACUCCCCUCUCCCCGCCGGGACGCCGCCCGCCCGACUGCGCCGUGGGAUGUAGCGCCCGCUGGCCGCUUCCCGGACGCUCGUCGGACCCUCCGCCCCGCGAUGGCGAGCAGGAGCACCUGGCUGGAAGAGUUAGUGGUGGAACCAGGACCUGAAGCCAGGUUUCCCGACUCCCAGUCCCGUGUUCUUACAGCGCCGUCAUCUUCACCUUCAUGUUCAUCUUCAUCGCCACCGCCAUCAUCAUCAGCAGCAUAUUCUGUUCAUUUUACCUGCGAUGCCCCAUUGAACCAUCAGCCGAUGUUUCUAUCAUAUAGUCGUUACCAGUUUGGCCUCAGUGGCCCAGUGAGAUGAGGAAACUGAGGCUCAGAGCAGUCAGAUAAGUUGUCCAAGUUACAUGGUGGAUCCGGGACUUCAAUCCAGGACUAUGCAACCUGGGAGCUCCUUUUAAGGCCCUGCAUCUCCCCAGGUGACCACGCCGGCUUCAGGACAUGCACGGGCACAGCCGAAACGGGCAGGCCCACGUGCCCCGGCGGAAACGCCGCAACCGCUUCGUCAAGAAGAACGGCCAGUGCAAUGUCUACUUUGCCAAUCUGAGCAACAAGUCACAGCGCUACAUGGCGGACAUCUUCACCACCUGCGUGGACACGCGCUGGCGCUACAUGCUCAUGAUCUUUUCUGCAGCCUUCCUCGUCUCCUGGCUCUUUUUUGGUCUCCUGUUCUGGUGUAUCGCCUUCUUCCACGGUGACCUGGAGGCCAGUCCAGCAGUGGCCUCGGCAGGGGCCGCAGUGGGCAGUGGUGGGGCAGCCCCAGCAGCCCCCAAGCCCUGUAUCAUGCAUGUGAACGGCUUCCUGGGCGCCUUCCUGUUCUCAGUGGAGACACAGACAACCAUCGGCUACGGGUUCCGGUGCGUGACGGAGGAGUGCCCACUGGCAGUCAUCGCCGUGGUGGUCCAGUCCAUUGUGGGCUGUGUCAUCGACUCCUUCAUGAUCGGCACCAUUAUGGCCAAGAUGGCCCGGCCCAAGAAGCGGGCGCAGACACUGCUGUUCAGCCACCACGCGGUCAUCUCGGUGCGCGACGGCAAACUCUGCCUGAUGUGGCGCGUGGGCAAUCUGCGCAAGAGCCACAUUGUGGAGGCCCAUGUGCGGGCCCAGCUCAUCAAGCCCUACAUGACCCAGGAGGGCGAGUAUCUGCCGCUGGACCAGCGGGACCUCAAUGUGGGCUACGACAUCGGCCUGGACCGCAUUUUCCUGGUGUCGCCCAUCAUCAUCGUCCAUGAGAUUGAUGAGGACAGCCCACUCUACGGCAUGGGCAAGGAGGAGCUGGAGUCGGAGGACUUCGAGAUCGUGGUCAUCCUCGAGGGCAUGGUGGAGGCCACCGCCAUGACCACCCAGGCCCGCAGCUCCUACCUGGCCAGUGAGAUCCUGUGGGGCCACCGCUUUGAGCCCGUGGUCUUCGAGGAGAAGAGCCACUACAAGGUGGACUACUCGCGCUUCCACAAGACCUACGAGGUGGCCGGCACGCCCUGCUGCUCUGCCCGCGAGCUGCAGGAGAGCAAGAUCACCGUGCUGCCCGCCCCGCCCCCCCCGCCCAGUGCCUUCUGCUACGAGAAUGAGCUGGCCCUCAUGAGCCAGGAGGAAGAGGAGAUGGAGGAGGAGGCAGCCGCUGCCGCCGCUGUGGCUGCGGGCCUGGGCCUGGAGGCGGGCUCCAAGGAGGAGGCGGGCAUCAUCCGAAUGCUGGAGUUUGGCAGCCACCUGGAUCUGGAGCGCAUGCAAGCCACCCUCCCGCUGGACAACAUCUCCUACCGCAGGGAGUCUGCCAUCUGACCUCCGGGAGCUGCCCUCCCUGCUUCCCAUAGAGCCUCUUUCGGGGUGGGAGGCUAGGACACCCCUCUGCACUCAGGACAGGCCUGACUCUGGCUCCGUGGAUCUUCUGGAGGGAGUUGGGGGCUUCAAAAACUGGGGCAUCCCUUCCUACUGACUCCAGAGCCCAGGCCUGAGAAGGGCCCAGGAUACCCUCAGUCCUACCAGCCCAGGUUCCCCAGCACCCACCCACGGGCAGCUUGGGGACCCCAGGCCCACCACCCUUUUCCCACCUAUCCUUCAAGGACAUGCCCCUUUGCUCUCAGAACCUUGGGGAAGGCGGCUGGACUGCUAGGGGUGGG